ACUCUCAAGUUCUUUCCCCCAAAAUGCAAGGUAGUGUUCUUUCUUUACUCUUUCAGAAGAAUUUAAUGCGAUUAUGGUAGCGUGGACUCCAGAAGAAACCAAAUUUACUGGAUUAGUAGUAACAAGAACUAGUGUGAUUUGUUCUAAUCAAACCCUCCACAAAGCACUGCCAAAACCACAAUUCGGACCCCUUUCUCUUCUUCGAAUGCUUCCAUCAUUGCACCCUCCGUUCUAUAAUCAAAGGUCUUAUUAGAAAAUCUUGCAAUGGAAUUUGACAUAUAGUCAAUUGGGUUUCUCAAUCUCCUAAAAAUAGCAAAAGUAGCUUAAUUUUGAGAUUUUAGUUUUUCCAAAAUGGCAACGUGUUUGUCACCCUAUUUCACACCUGAUACUCGAAGCCCAACCGGGGUCCUAACUGUUCUUGAGGGGAGGGUUUCAAUGGAAAAUCACUAUGGAAGAGUAAGCUCCCUGAAGGUGUUUGAUGAAAAGACUGGGAUUUUGGGUGCUAGCCAAAAGAGUGCUUCAUAUUCUCCUCGGUUUAAAUGUUCGGCCAACUCUCACAAUGUCAACCAAUAUCAUAAUAAGGACCCAUUUCUGAAUUUACAUCCCGAAAUUUCAAUGCUUAGAGGUGAUGGGAACAACACGGUGACUAAUCCAAGAAAGGAUGGUCCUAGUGGAAGUGUCACUGAAAGCUUGAGAGAUUCAUCAAGUUUGAGUAACUACAAUGAUGCCAAGAUCAAAGUUAUUGGUGUUGGAGGUGGUGGGUCAAAUGCAGUUAAUCGAAUGAUAGAGAGUGCAAUGAAGGGUGUGGAGUUUUGGAUUGUUAACACAGAUGUUCAAGCCAUGAGAAUGUCGCCUGUGUUUCCUGAGCACCGGUUGCAAAUAGGUCAAGAGCUUACCAGAGGACUUGGUGCUGGUGGGAACCCAGAUAUUGGCAUGAAUGCUGCCAAGGAAAGCAAAGAGUCGAUAGAAGAGGCAGUUUAUGGUUCAGACAUGGUCUUUGUGACUGCUGGAAUGGGUGGCGGAACUGGCACUGGUGGGGCACCUGUAAUUGCAGGAAUUACAAAGUCAAUGGGUAUCUUAACUGUUGGUAUUGUCACAACCCCUUUCUCUUUUGAGGGGCGGAGGAGGGCUGUUCAAGCCCAAGAAGGAAUUGCAGCUUUGAGGGACAAUGUUGACACACUGAUUGUCAUUCCAAAUGACAAGUUAUUGACUGCAGUUUCCCCUUCUACCCCUGUAACUGAAGCAUUUAACCUGGCUGAUGAUAUUCUUCGACAAGGUGUUCGCGGUAUCUCUGAUAUAAUCACGAUUCCAGGGCUAGUGAAUGUGGAUUUUGCUGAUGUGCGAGCUAUUAUGGCAAAUGCUGGUUCUUCAUUAAUGGGAAUAGGAACUGCAACUGGAAAGUCCAGAGCAAGAGAUGCUGCAUUAAAUGCUGUUCAAUCACCUUUAUUAGAUAUUGGCAUAGAGAGGGCCACUGGAAUUGUCUGGAACAUAACUGGUGGUAGUGAUUUAACUUUGUUUGAGGUAAAUGCAGCAGCAGAGGUUAUCUAUGACCUUGUGGAUCCUACUGCCAACUUAAUAUUUGGAGCAGUGAUAGAUCCAGCUCUCAGUGGUCAGGUCAGUAUUACUCUAAUUGCUACAGGAUUCAAACGUCAAGAAGAAAAUGAAGGGAGACCCCUACAGGCAAGUCAGCUAGUACAGGGAGAUGUCACUCUUGGAAUGAAUCGACGACCUUCCUCAUUCAAUGAAGGUGGCGCAGUUGAGAUCCCAGAGUUCCUGAGGAAGAAAGGCCGCUCUCGCUAUCCAAGAGCUUAAACUACUCUCAUGCUUACCCUCGUGUAAUUACCUAUUCCAACCUGUCCCCUCGAUUUUGUGUUUUUAUGGAACUGGGUCAUUCUUCUGUAGCUACAAGAUUUUGGUUAUGCCAUCAAAUGCUUUUAGCUCUUAGAGAACAAAAGCUUGUUGAUGUCUUUUUGUACCUUGAUUGCUGAAGGCAAAAACAUGGAACUGUUAUACCUGUAACUGUCUCAAUAACUAAAGGGUAGGGUUCUAAGAGAUUGGUUAUAUAACUUCUUUUAGCAGAUCUGAUAAACACAUAUUUGUACCUAUAUUGCUUUGUUGCAGAGUGUAUUCUUAGAAAUAUCCUUGAACUUUUGAAUCGAAAAAAAGAAGAAGAAAGAAAUAUCCUUGAACUC